UAAGCCUUCUUUAAACAAAAUUCCGAUUGUAGAGCAACAAGUGGUUUGGCAACCGUUUGUUAUGUUUCCCGUUUGUCUUCCAAAUACUUGACGCGUGAAGUCGGGCUAGGGGUACAUGCUGUGAUAAUAUAUUUGUGCACACUGAGCUUUUACUGAUCUGUUAUUUAAAUGGCUAGAUUUUUCCGUGCUGUUAUAAUGGGUCCACCAGGAUCCGGCAAAGGGACAAUUUCAUCUCGAAUUGUUCGUGAAUUCAGUUUACCAUAUUUAGCCAGCGGUGAUGCAUUACGGGAACAAAUUUCAAAAGGAACUAAAAAAGGCAUAAUUGCUAAACAGUAUAUUGAAAAAGGUCAACUUGUGCCUGAUGAACUUGUUACAAGCCUUAUUUUGGAAUUACUUAGUAGUACUUUCUCUUCACAGAGUUGGCUUCUUGAUGGAUUUCCUCGUACAGUACAGCAAGCUGAAGAUUUGUCUGCAAAAUAUGAAAUUUCCUCUGCUAUAAAUCUGGAUGUACCCGAUGAAGUAAUUAUUUCUCGACUCAAAGGACGCUGGUUACAUCCAGUCAGUGGCAGAGUAUAUAACACUGACUUCAACCCUCCAAAAAUACCAGACAAAUUUUUCAGAUUCAGGUUCCAAAGAAAAGGUUAAGGGAUGGAAAAGCUGCCUUUACUUCUUCAAAAUCACAAAGAUGAUAUCACUGGCGAUGACUUAAUUCAGAGAGAUGAUGAUAAGCCAGAUGUUGUAAUGGCUAGAUUAAAAAAUUACAGGAAAUACAAUUCUCCAGUGUUGGGAUAUUAUAGGUAAGCAAAAUAU